AGUUGACUGGAACAAACAAAAAGGAAUGUUAAAUUGGUCAGGACCUUGACCCUUUGAUUCUUAACCUGAUGCUAUGUGGGCUGGCAAAGUAAGAGUUACACUGAACAUGAUUAUAAACUGACACAGCAAUACUUCCUUUAUGUACUGUUCCUGUGAAAAGAGAAGAGUGACAUAUGUGAUAUGUUAAAUAUGGCUGAAAAAUCUCAUCUGAAGUCAGCUGACAAAAUGGCUUCUCAACUGGAGGAUGAUGUCCAAAGGGACCUUGGAUCUUUGGAAAAGGCCCCAUUAGAAAAUGUUUCCAAACUACUUGCAAGCAGAAAGUAUAAACUGUGCCAAGUUACAAGACGAAUGAACAUUGUGAAGGAAUUGAUGAAAGACAUUACAAAUGAAGAAGAGGUUAAUGAAAGUAUGACAAAGUAUGGACAACUUGUGGAAGAGUUUAACAAUACUCAUAAAGCAUACCAACUUCUGUUAUCAAAAGAAGAAUGCGAAUUGGAUACUGAGAAGUGGUAUAUUUUAAAAGUGGGUGAUAUGACUGCAUUCAUGGCCUCUGUCACAAAAUGGAAAAAUGCCAUCAGCCAAGGAGAAAUUGAUCAUGACAAUAUUGGACUAAAUGUUGAUAAUGUGGCACCUGAGGACAGUAUCUCUGCAGUGUUAAGUCGCAGAUCAAGUCGCUCAGCCACAUCCUCCACAUCAUCAGCAAGGAUCCGAGCUGAAGCUGAAAAGGCAGCUAUUCAAACAAGGAUUCAAGCACUGAAGCAAAAGCAUGAUCUGGAGGAAGAGGAGGAAGAAUUAAAUGUGCAAAAGGAACAAUUAAGGAAACGAAGAGAGACACUGGAGUUGCAUACAGAAUUAGCAGCUACAACAGCAAAACUCACUGUGUAUAAUUCUGCAGAGGAACAAAUAGACUCAAAUUCAAUGGAUGGCAUGAAUGCUUAUUAUGACGACAUGGUUGACAGGUAUCGACCCAAAGGAAUGGACCUUCUUGUGAGUGACACAGUGGAAGAGCCCAUUGAUGAAAUGCCAAGUGUGCGUCCAAAGGAAGGAGUUCAAUUCCAACCUCCCAUCCUGCUCAGUAGACCUCACAUCGCAACUCAAACAGCUGGUUGGGACUUUGAGAUAAGUCCAACACAAAAUGUGAGCCCUGUAACCCAAGUACUCUCCUCUCCUAGACAAACCCAAAGUAUGCAGACUACAACACAAUCACAGGACGGUGAAAGUAAAGACAACGUAUGCAGUAUUCUCCAAAGGCAAAAUUAUAUAACGAGUAUUCUUGUUAGACAGCAACAACUCUCUUUAUUGCCCCAAAAGGACAUUGCUAUUUUUGAUUGGGACGUAUUACAGUUCCAGUCUUUUAUACUGUCAUUCGAACAUGCUAUUGAGUCUAAAACUGAUAACAACAGAGACAGGCUGCAUUUCCUCCAACAGUACACUAAAGGUCCGGCACAAGAACUUGUGAGAAGCUGCCAACUUAUGAGUGAACAGAGGGGAUAUCCUAAAGCAAAAGGUCUGCUGCAUGAACAUUAUGGUAAUGAGUACAAAGUUGCCAGUGCCUAUAUUGACAAGGCGCUCUCAUGGUCUAACAUCAAGUCUGAAGACCCAAAGGCACUGCAAACAUUCACUUUAUUCCUCAGAAGUUGCUGCAAUGUCAUGGAAGAAAUAAACUUUAUGGAAGAACUUAAUCUCAGCUCAAAUAUAAAAGCAAUAAUCAUGAAACUUCCGUACAAAAUGCGGGAAAGAUGGAGAAACAUAGUAUGUGAGCUACAAGAGAAGCGGUGCAGUAGAGCAACACUAAUGGAUCUGGUCAAAUUCCUGGAGAAGCAAGUGAGAAUAUCCACUGAUCCAGUGUUUGGCAACAUUCAAGAUCAAACCGUCUACGGAGCUAAAAGAAAAGUAACCCCCCCCCCUCAAGUUAAAAGCAACAGGUAGUUUUGCAACAAAUACUGACACCAUUGAACCAAAAUUCACAUCCAAAAUCCCCAACCAGUCACAAGGCCUUUGUCUCUUUUGCAACCGAGGUGGCCACACAUUAGAGUCAUGCUACGCUCUGAAGAAAAAGCCACACAGAGACAAAAUUGACUUCUUAAAGGAAAAAGGAAUAUGUUUUGGCUGUCUUAUGAAAGGACAUAUGAGUAAAGAUUGCAAAAGGCGUCUAAUCUGUAACGUAUGUGACAAAACCCACCCUGGACUCCUCCACAUUACAAGAGAAGAAAAUGGCAAACCAAGAGAGCAGUCGUCAGAGGAAAUGGUGAGCUCUCUUCAGGCAUGUGGUCAUAUUGGGGCCGGUAGUGAUGAAUGCAGACUUUCUAUUGUGCCAGUCAAAAUCAAAAGUAACACCAGUGACAAGACCAUAGAGACAUAUGCCUUCCUUGAUAAUGGAAGUACUGCCACAUUUUGUACCGAAGGGUUAAUGGAACAACUCAACAUCAAUGGCAAGAGGACUCGCAUUCUACUUCGCACCAUGGGCCAAGA